AUGCACCCAGGCGACCUAUCCAUCGCCGCCGGCAUCGCGGCUGGCACAUUCUGCUCCGGCGUGUUCUUCAGCUCGUCGCAAAUGGUCAUCCCGUUACUCUACAAACAUACACCCCAAGUCCAGACUGGAAUCUUCACGAAGUUUUACUGGCGCGGCUUUGCUGUCGUUGCGCCUCUAGCAGUCGCAUCUACAACGGCCUUCGGAUACGCCGCAUACGUACUGCCAAGCUAUAGGACGGAACUCGCUGUUGCGGCGGCACUUUCGCUCGUGCCACUGCCGUACACGCAGCUCGUCAUGGCGAAAGGGAUCCAGACGCUGAUCAAGUGUGAGAAUAAUGCGGUUGAGCAGGAGAAGCUGGGCGCGCAGGAAAUUCUGCGCUUACUGAAGAGCUGGAAGGCGAACAAUAUGGUUAGGGUUGCAGCUACUGGGGUUGGUGCCCUGUUGGGUCUUUGGAUACUGCUCAAUAGGAAGUCUUCGCCUCAGGCGGAGACUCGGCUAUAG